UCCUUUGAAACGAUGACAACGCUUCGACUUGCGAAUGCACGAAGGUAGUAUUAACAGGGUUAUGCGUACUUAUUGUCAGAAAUCCUUCAAAUGGAUUCUAUGACACUUUUACCACUGAGAUCAUCAUCGAAGAAUUUUCGUUCAAUGAUCAGGAAAAAGUUGUACUUAAAACCGAACAUUCCGACAUUGUUAAUAAUAUUGAUUGUUAUCGUCCUGUGCAUUCAUUUUCUGCCUUCCACAAAGUGUUCGCCCAAUGAGCAGGAAACGAAAACAAAGUCAAAGUACAGGCUUGUGAUACUCGUACUCUCCAGUCCUGAUAACUUGGAGCAGAGAGCAACUAUCAGGAAAACGUGGCUGGCACAGAAAUAUGCCACGGUCAGACACCUGUUUGUAAUAGGGACAUUAGACAUAUUGCCAGAGCAAAGAGAAACUCUGCAGUCAGAGAAAUACAAAUUUAACGACUUGCUUUUGCUACCAAGAUUGACAGAUUCGUAUGGAACAUUGACAAAAAAAGUUUUAUAUGCCCUGAAGGAAGUCUACGAAUAUUAUGAUUUUGAUUUUUUGAUGAAAUCCGACGACGAUACGUUUAUCUUGGUGCACAAGAUUCUGAAAGAACUGGAGAAGUGGGAGAGCAAGGGAACAAGAAAGGAAUUAUAUUGGGGCUUUUUCAAUGGAAAGGCGCAAGUUAAGAGAAGCGGACCUUGGAAAGAGACUGACUGGAUAUUAUGCGAUUAUUAUCUUCCUUAUGCACUUGGAGGUGGAUACGUUCUGUCUUAUAAUUUAGUUAAGUUUAUUGCAUUGAACAUGGACAUACUCAAGUUGCAUAAAGCGGAGGAUGUAUCUGUUGGCCUCUGGCUAGCUCCUCUGGCGAACAUUGAAAGAAAGCACGAUGUGCGUUUUGAUACAGAGUAUAGGUCACGUGGAUGUUCUAAUCAGUAUAUAGUUACACACAAACAAACAGUAGCAAACAUGAAAAAUAUAUAUGAAUAUUACCAGGCGUCUGGAGCGUUGUGCGCGAAAGAAAUAAGGAAUCGAAUGAGCUAUCAUUACAAUUGGACUGUUCCACCUAGUCAGUGCUGCAACGUACAGUCUGGCAUUCCAUAACGAACAAAUGAUUCGUUCUGGUGCAGUCAAUAUUCUAGUCAUUGUUUUUAUCCAAUUGCACUUAUUCAAUAUAUAAUCGGAACAUUUCGUUUGGUUUCGUGGUCAACCCGACGCAAGCGAAAUGGAACCAUUCUAUGGGACACUGCAUUAAAAAAAACGACAAUAAUAUUACGUAUAUAUAAAAAAAUGAGAAACAGAU